AAAGAGAUUUGAUGUCUAUUUUGGUUUGCUCGUCAAGUAGUUUGAGUGAGUUAGUUUUCUUUGGUCGCGUCGAGCAGCCGCCCCGCCGCAGGUGUUGGAGCCGCGGCUCGUUAGCGCAAAUCAAGUUGAGGCGGGCGGCAUUUGGCGCGCUUGGUCGACGGCGACUUGGCGGGAUGCAAAAAGGCCUCAAGAAGUAUUUCGUCAACAUGGACGACUACCUGGCCAGCCUCGGCCUCUACCGCAAGAUGGUCGCCAGGGACGCGUCGAGCCUCUUCCGGGCCGUCUCCGAGCAGUUGUACUACUCUCAGAACUACCACCACACCAUUCGUCAGGCGUGUGCCGAUUUCAUGCGGGCCAACGCGUGCGUCUUCGAGCCGUUUGUGGAAGGCUCAUUUGACAAGUAUCUGGAGCGCCUGGAGGACCCCAAGGAGACGGUGGGUCAGGUGGAGAUCAAGGCUCUGUCUCAGCUUUACAGGCGCCGCUUCCUGAUCUAUCGUUAUCCCGGGAAAGCCGCCACCCUCAUCUCGGAGGACGACUUUGUGGACAAGGUCACGCUGUCCUGCUCCAUCAACGGUCACUAUGACAUCGUGUACCCCAGGAGCUACCCCGCCUCCGCCGGCCUCUGCCAGGCCAUCGUGUACGAGCUGCUCUAUACGAAGGUGUUCGCUUGUGAGGAGGCGGAGCUCUCUCAGGCCGUGGAGGCGUUCAGGGUGGGAGGUCGUCGCUAUAGAAACAGCCUGUCGGCGUGCAGCGACGUCGACUUUGGCUACGACGUCGCCGAGGACAGGGGCGCCUUUCCUCACGCUAGGGAGGAGGCGGAGCCUGGAGAGGAGAAGCUUCGAGUGUGGAGCGAUGACGUCAAGCCGGGUUCCGAAGCUCCGCCCCCCGGCAGGCUGUCUCUACCGUACAAGGUGCUGAAGUCGCUGGACGGCGACGUUUACCGAAAUGUCGAGUUUGACGUCUGGCAGGACACCUGCAAAGAGAUGCAGAAGACGGACUAUAUGGUGUUUGCCGGACGACAGUACUUCCUGGGGGACAAAUGUCAGGUGCGUCUGGAGCCCAAAGGCAAGUAUUUCAACGCCUUCAUCCAGGAAGUGGGAACGCACUCAGCCGCUGUCACCGUCUUCAUUGAAGAACUGGGAGAGAAACAUUUGGUUCCCGUUGCCGAUGUGAAAGCCGUCAAUCCGGUUCCGGCCUGGAACGCGUCGGCUCCGCCCCGCAAAGGGGACCUGGACGGCGAUGCGCGAGGUCACCAGCGCCAUCAGCGUCAUCGUUACUUUAGGAAGUCACGAGGUGGCGUCGCUGCUGUCGUCAAGGGGGCGGAGUUGGCGGUGUCGGUCCCGCCCUCCUCCUACGGCGGCCCGCCCCCCGCGCCGCUCCCGCCGCGCUUCCACCCCCGGCCGGCCCCGCCCCCCGCCGGAGCUGUGCCUUAUGACCCCUUCGCUCCCCCGCACCACCACCACCACCAGCAGCAGCAGCAACAUGGCCACGCCCUCACCGCCGCCAGACCGGCCAGAUACGGCGCCACCAGAAGCUCCAGCAGCCGUUUGGUGAACCGCCACCUGAUUGGUCCCCAGCUGACUUAUUACCCUCCCACCAGGCGUUACUACGACGACGACGGCUACGCUUUCAGGUCCCGUCGCAGUCGGCGCCACCUGUCGGCGGCGCUCGCCAAAGGCUGCGCCUACUUCAACGAGGACGACGCGGCCGACCCGUCGGCGGAGAUGGACGGCGCCGUGGCGUACUACCACCUGGACGACGCCAAGCGCGAGGUUUUCGCCGCGGCGCCUCCCGCGGCGAGCGCGGCGGCCCCGCCCCCUCCGUCCGUCUCCUAUCGGGUCCAGGGCGACUCGGGCGGGCCCGUCCCGCUCGCCCCCGUGUGUUCGUCCGAAGAAGAGCAGGACGACGCCAACGCCGUCGGCGACCGGGACUUCACGGAGGACUUCAUGUCGGCCCGUCGGGGUAAGUGGGCGCCGCGCGGCGGUCCCGUCGGCCGCGCUGACGGGCGAGUUGACCUUUCAGACGUCGGCUACCGGACACCGAGCGUCUACGCCGCCGAGAGGCCCGCCGCGCAGGAGCAGGAGGAAGGGGGCGUGGCCGAGUCACCUCCCCGAGUUGAGAUGACCUUCAGCUACACACAGCAAGCGGUGAAGCCAAUCCCAGUGAUUUCUUCCUCGCCGACGUCCUCCUCUUCCUCCUCACCCUUGUCUUCAUCGCGCGUACCCGCCGCCGCUCAUACGCCGGCGGCGGCGCACGCCCAACCCCGGUCGGUUGCUAUGGCGAUCCCAGCCACCCCCUGGUUGGUGAAUGAAUUGGGGGAGGGUCUGUGCUCAGUGGUGGCCCCGCCUCCUUACUCCUACGACCCCAGCGGCGGCGACCUACCCAGAGACUGUCGGGUGCUGCAGUACUACUUCAAUCUUGGAGUGCAGUGGUACCAUCAGAGUUGCUGGCAGCAGCAGCAGACGGUGGCGCCAUACGCCCCCACGUACACCCCCGACGCCGCCUACACCUACCAGCACUGCCCCCCCUACCUCGGCCAGGAUGCCCCCCCGCACUGCGAAAGCGUGGAGGCUCAAGCGGACGCGCACGGCGGCGGCCCCGCCCAUCCACCGGAAGGCUCCUCCCUGGGCGCGCCCCCGGGCGCCUCGUUGUACCCGGAGCAGAUGGCCCUCCCCUCCGUGCUGCACCUGCCGUACGAAGCUCCGCCCCCGACCGCCUACCUGUCAUCCGCCCCGCUCCCUCCUCUGGGUCACUCCGCCCAUCAUCACCCUUACCACACCCACCACCACGCCUGCGCGCCGGCCUCGGCGCACUGGGGAGGACACGCCUCGCGGGUCUACUGCCCCGCCCCCAAUGCCGCCCACGUGGUGGGUUUAGUGGCGGCUCCGCCCGCGCACUUUAUCCCACCUAGCGCCUGAUGCGCGCACGCGCUAAUAACGCGCGUUUGGUUUUUCCGCUUUGGCUCGGUUGUCGCGGUCACCGGCGGCUUUUGAGUUUGUCGUCAGCCGGUCAGAGGGUGGGGGUCGUCAGAAAGUGGCCCUUUGGUGGAGGGAUGUUUUUGUGACUGCAACGCGGUGUCGGGUUUUGUUUGUUUGUUUGGUUGGUUGGUUGGUUGCGGGGUCAAUAAAGUUUUGUCACAAGCAGAAA